CAAUUGCUAUCUUUUGCCCAAAGCUCUCCCAUGGGUUGGCCCUCAGGCCUCACACUUUGGGUGCAAAGUGGCUGGGUCAGUGUUGAAGCCAAAAGGCAUGGCAUGUGUUGAAGCACCGGCGCUAGCAAAAGGGAAGAUGGCUGUUGAGACAUAUGGUCGAGCACCUUGUGUGGCGGAACCAUUUGUUAUAUAUAUUUUUGGCGUUUGAUUUACUGCCUUCACACACACUGUUUUCAGCUUUUCUUAAAGACCAUCUCCUUUUGGCGCAUAUCCUCUUUGACUCUUCUUUGCAGAUUGCUCUUAACUGUUUCUGUUGAGAAUCCUGUCGCAUUUAAAAUGCUAAAGAGAAAGUUGCUCUUCUUUGCUGCACCACCUGCUUGUCUCAUAUUCAUGGCUUUAUGUGGAUCUGUGCGAUUCCAUGCAUUGCCAUGGUUGAUCAUCCAUCUUAACAAGCAGUCGCCGAAGGUCACAGCUAUAAAUUCGGGGUGGCAGCCACAUCCAACCCCACCAUUCACAGAGGAAGAGAAAAGAGCUCACCCUCUCCGGACAGCUCGGAGCAAUGGCUGCAAGAGAAGUCCUCCAAGUUAUUCUCUCCUUGGGAGUAGCUCUCCUUCUUGCGGCCUGUGCAGCUGCGUACGCAGACACGGUGAACUUCACGUACAGCGGAGCGAAUGGACCGGCCAUGUGGGGCAGUUUGUGCCCCCAGUACCGGCUCUGCUCCGAGGGCAAGCGCCAGUCUCCGAUCAACAUUGUGAACGCCGAUGCAGAGUACAACCCCAAGUUGAUUCGCCUGCGCCGGAAUUACAGAGCCUGCUCGAACGCCACCCUCCUCGACAACCACUGCAACAUCGCGCUUCGGUAUGAUGAGGAUGUGGGCUACGUGGUUGUGGAAGGGAAGAAGUACAGCUUGUUGCAGAUGCAUUGGCACUCGCCUUCUGAGCACACGAUUGAUGGAGAGAGGUUCCCGGUGGAGCUGCAUCUCGUGCACAAGAGCGUCGACGGCAACAUCACGGUGGUGGCCGUCCUGUACCAGUUUGGCCGCGCGGAUCCCUUGCUGAUCCAACUGAAGGACAAGAUGGCGGAGCUGAAGAAGGAGGUGCUCGCCGGCGAUGAGCAGGCGCGUGUGCCAGUCGGCGUCGUGAAGAUGAGGUCGCUGAAGCAGCACACUCGCAAGUACUACAGAUACGUCGGAUCCCUCUCCACCCCACCGUGCACCGAGAACGUCGUCUGGAACGUCCUCGGCGAGGCGAGGAAGAUGAGCAGGAGGCAAGCGGCAGAGCUCCAGGCCCCGCUGAAGGAGGCGUACCGCCGGAAUGCAAGGCCGGCGCAGGCGUUGAACGGAAGGGUGGUGCAGGUCUACGACGAGAGCCGAUCCCAGUAACUAAAUUGUCUUACCGAUUGCUAUGUAGUUGAUUUGCUGAUAAAUGUUCGAUCUCCCCUGUAACGUGCCAUGAUUGAUCAUGAGAAGCCAUGGGUGAUUGGAGUUUCAA